GGGAAAAGAGAUGCGAUGUAUCUAUGCGGGCCCCCUCUGAAGAAAGGCAAAGCACGCGUAUUCCAUGGUUUGCAUCAGGACUUUCCAAGCGUGGUUGUAGUUGGCUUGGGUAAGAAGAAUGCUGGAGUAAAUGGCCAAGAAAACUGGAAUGAAGACAAAGAAAAUAUCCGUGCAGCUGUUGCAGUUGGUUGUAGACAGAUCCAAGACCUGGAAAUCCCCUGUGUUGAAGUGGACCCUUGUGGAGAUGCUCAAGCAGCAGCAGAGGGUGCUGUCCUUGGAUUGCAUGAAUACAAUGAGCUGAAGCAAAAAAAGAAACCUGUAGUUACUCCUCAGCUUCAUGGAAGUGCUGGAAGUGAAGCCUGGCAGAAAGGUGUUAUCUAUGCGGAGGGUCAGAACCUCGCUCGGUACCUUAUGGAGGCUCCAGCUAAUUAUAUAACUCCAAUCAAAUUUGCUGAAUACAUUGAACAGAAGCUUGGAAAUUUUGCUAGCAAUGUGAAGGUCCAUAUAAGGCCAGAGUCUUGGAUAGCAACGCAGCAGAUGGGAGCAUUCCUGAGUGUAGCCAAGGGUUCAGCUGAACCUCCCAUCUUUCUGGAGAUUCACUAUUUAGGAGGUGCUAAUGCCAAUGACUCUCCCUUGGUAUUUGUAGGAAAAGGAGUUACGUUUGACAGUGGUGGCAUUUCACUGAAGCCAUCAUCAGGUAUGGAUGCGAUGAGAGCAGAUAUGGGAGGGGCUGCAACCGUUUGUUCAGCCAUUGUGACAGCAGCAGCUUUAAAUCUUCCUCUUAAUAUAAUUGGUUUGGCACCCCUCUGUGAAAACAUGCCCAGUGGUAAGGCAAACAAGCCUGGGGAUGUAGUUAGAGCCAAGAAUGGAAAAACAAUCCAGGUUGAUAACACAGAUGCAGAAGGAAGACUGCUAUUAGCUGAUGCUCUCUGUUAUGCCCACAAUUUUAAUGCAAGGGCUAUUGUGAAUGCUGCAACAUUAACAGGUGCCAUGGAUGUUGCACUGGGGUCUGCUGCAACUGGAGUGUUCACAAAUUCAUCUUGGCUUUGGAAUCACCUUUAUGAGGCCAGCAUCGUGACAGGAGACCGAGUAUGGAGAAUGCCUCUUUUUGAACAUUACACAAAACAAGUAACAGACUGCCCUCUGGCAGACCUGAGUAAUAUUGGGAAGUACAGCAGAGCUGGAGGAGCGUGCACGGCUGCUGCCUUCCUGAAGGAGUUUGUGACCGCCCCUCACUGGGCUCACCUGGACAUUGCUGGUGUGAUGGCCAACAAGGAUGAGGUGCCGUACCUGCGGAAGGGCAUGGCUGGGCGCCCCACCAGGACGCUGGUGGAGUUUGCGGCUCGGUUAAGCCAAGACAGUCCCAAUCCCAAAUAAAAUGCUUAAACGGUUAUUCUAAAAUCAUCCGCUUUGCCUUAAGGAAAAACAUGAUGAACUGCCCAUUUUAUAAAUCAAGAACAUCUUGCCUGGGAGACUUUGCUUCCUCUGUUAUACAACUUAAAGUAAAAAUAUGCUGUUGGACCUACCUGAGGUAUUUAAUGCCAGACCGUGACCAUGGGAAAUACUUUAUGUAUAAAGCGAUCACAGUUCGUGUACCAAUAAAUCUUGCACAGUGUGUUCUGAUUGA